CCCCGCUUUAUGAGUUGUUGCGUCAUAAUGUUACUUGGAAUUGGUCAGCAGAUGCUGAAGCAGCCUUUAUUAAAUCUAAAGAGCUGUUGACUGAUGAUAACUGUCUAGUGCACUUUGAUAGCACAUUGCCUCUUCUCUUAGCAUGUGAUGCAUCGCAGUAUGGAGUUGGAGCAGUUUUGGCUCACCGUUUCCCAGAUGGUACUGAGAGACCGAUUGCGUUCGCAUCUCGUACACUGAGUGAUACUGAAAAGAAGUAUAGUCAAGUUGAAAAGGAGGGUCUGGCAUGUGUCUUUGGGGUUAGGAAAUUUCAUUGUUACUUGUAUGGUCAUCAUUUUUCCUUAAUUACUGACCACAAGCCUUUACUGUCUUUAUUGGGUGGUCAAAAGCCUAUUUCAAGUCAAUCAUCAGCUCGUAUUCAAAGAUGGGCAUUGAUUCUAGCAGCAUAUGAGUAUGAUUUACACUUCAAGUCUUCUACUAAUCAUGCUAAUGCAGAUGCAUUAAGCCGCCUUCCAUUAAGUGAAUCGAUUAGUAAUACUCCCCUGCCUCCAGAAUUAAUUCUUUUAAUGGAGAGCAUAGCCAAUAGUCCUGUUACUGCUAAAAGUAUUGCUGCUGCUACUAAAUCAGACUCUACUCUGUCCCUAGUUCUACAAUAUCUGAAGUCAGGAUGGCCUGAUAGCUGUCCUGAUGAGUCACUGAAGCCCUACUGGCAUAGGCAGCACGAGUUAUCUCUGCAUGAUGGUUGCAUUCUCUGGGCUUCACGAGUUGUUAUUCCAGCAAAAUUUCGCCAACAAUUACUACUGGAAUUGCAUGAAGGUCAUUUUGGCAUUACUAAAUUGAAAGCUAGAGCACGAUCGUGUAUAUGGUGGCCUAAUAUUGAUACUGCUAUUGAGGAAAUGGUAAAGAGUUGUUCUUCUUGCCAGGAAAAUCGUAAUUCUCCUCCUGAGGCUCCCAUUCAUCCUUGGCCAUGGCCAUCCCGCCCUUGGUCCCGCCUUCACAUUGAUUUUGCUGGUCCUCUGAAGAAUAACACUAUGCUACUAGUAAUUGUGGAUGCAUUUUCUAAAUGGAUUGAAGUAUUUCCUAUGUCUACAGUUACUUCAUCAGCUACUAUCUCUAAAUUAAAAAUGCUUUUUGCACAGUUUGGUUUGCCUGAUACUAUUGUCUCUGACAAUGGCCCGUCACUCGUAAGUCAAGAGUUUGAAUCGUAUCUCACUCAAUAUGGUAUUCGCCACAUUACCUCUUCACCAUACCAUCCUGCCUCUAAUGGGUUGGCUGAAAGAGCUGUUCAGCUAGUCAAGAAUGGUCUUAAGAAAGAUGCUGAUGGUACACUGUCUGAGAGACUUGGACGUAUUCUCCUUAAUUACAGGGUUAUUCCUCAUGGUACCACUGGUGUUUCUCCCUCAGAACUGAUGUUCAGACGUAUUAUUAAGUCUAAGGUGGAUUUGGUGAAACCAGAUCUUACCACUCGAGUAGAGAAUAACCAGUAUAAGCAGAAGGAUUUCCAUGAUCAACACUCUCGUACUAGGAAAUUUUUAGUAGGGGAGGGAAUAAUGUAUAGAAAUUUCAAUGGAGAUCCAAAGUGGAAACCAGGGAAAAUUACAAAGUACCUUGGUUCACUAUCCUUCUUGAUUCAAGGAGAUGAUGGAACUAAUAUCAGGAGGCAUAUUGAUCAUAUUAUUAAGAAGAAAGAGUUUAUGGUACCCGAGGAUGAUCUUACAUCAUUUCCGAAAACUCGUCAAAUGACGGACGAAACUCGUACUACUCGUUCUCCAUAUCCGACUCGUUCUCGUCGUCCUCCAAACCGAAUAAACUCCAUCUAUGUUUCUGUGGCCAGUUCCCUUCAUGAUGAGGAGCUGCUCAUCUACUCUUGCAUGGAAGAAUCUAGUUGCAGCAGUGACCCUCAACGAGUGGUUUGUCUUGAAGCCCUUGAUGCCAAAUAUGCUGAAUAA